GCAUGAUGUCAGAGCACGCAUUGAUCUGCGAUCGUCGGUGAUCGAUUCUGCGCAGGCCUGGCUCACCUCGAACGAGCCUAAUAUUUCUUUUAAUAUGAAAACACUUUGGGUCAUCGCCGUGAGUUUUAUUUUGAAACCCGUCCCCGGAAGUGAGAGGUGUGACGCUGAGCUCGGUUAGCAGAGGGAACCGUUAGCAGAAUCCAAAUAACGGCAGAAACACCGACUUCAGUUCGUUAAACGGGGCAGAGAUGGACCGACACCGUGAACUGCCGGAUGUGGCUUUAAACCCGGAAAGGAAGCUGAGGAGAACAGACGUCCAGCAGCUGUCACUGAUUAGAGAAGAGGUUCCCCCUGAGCAGCAGAAGUGGAGCCCCAGUCUAGACCAGGACCCAGAGCCCCCACACAUUAAAGAGGAGCAGGAGGAGCUCUGGACCAGUCAGGAGGGAGAGCAGCUUCAAGGGCUGGAGGAGGCCGAUAUCACCAAGUUCCCAUUUGCUCCUGUCCCUGUGAAGAGUGAAGAAGAUGAAGGUUCAGACGUCCAGCAGCUGUCACUGAGUAGAGAAGAGGUUCCCCCUGAGCAGCAGGACUGGAGCCCCAGUCUGGACCAGGAUCCAGAGCCGCCACACAUUAAAGAGGAACAGGAGGAACUCUGGACCAGUCAGUCUGAAUCAGUCUGGAACUUAAAUCCAGAUACACAUUUACAACCAGAUACUGACAACAAGACUGAAGUCAGCGAUGAUGAUUGGAUGGAGACCAGAGAACCUCAGUCGGUUUUAAACUCCUUGAAAAUUAUUGAAGUCCCUGUCAAUGAUAUGAAAUCUAAAACUGGCAAGAAAACUUACAGCUGCUCCGAGUGUGGAAAAAUAUUUGGCCGCAGCCCACAUCUGAAGAUACACAUGAGAACUCACACAGGAGAGAAACCAUUCAGCUGCCCAUUCUGCGGUAAAAGUUUUACACAAAAAGUAAAUCUGACAUACCACAUGUCCGUCCACACAGGGGAGAAACGAUUCAGUUGCCGUUUUUGUGAUGAAAGAUUCACCUGGUAUACUCAGCUCAAAAGUCAUCAGUGUGUUUGUGAGUCCUCACAGCUUUAUCAGAGCCAAACUGAGGAGGACAGAGAGGCUGAGACAGGAGAGAAAUCAUUCAGCUGCUCUGAGUGUGAAAAAAGAUUCAGCCGCAAGGAUAAUCUGAACAUACACAUGAGAAUUCACACAGGAGAGAGACCGUUCAGUUGCUCAGUUUGUGGUAAAAGUUUUAAACAUGGAGGACAUCUGACACAACACAUGUCCGUCCACUCAAAGGAGAACAGAUUCAGCUGCAAUGUUUGUGACAAGAGAUUCACUUGGCUUUAUCAGCUGAAAAGACACAAGUGUGUUGGUGAAUCCUCUCAGCUUCAUGAACUCUGGACCAGUCAGGAGGGAGAGCAGCUUCGAGGGCUGGAGGAGGCCGAUAUCACCAAGUUCCCAUUCACUCCUGUCCCUGUGAAGAGUGAAGAAGAUGAGGAGAAACCUCAGUCCUCACAGCUUCAUCAAAGCCAAACUGAACAGAUGGAAACAGGAGCUGAUGGAGAGGACUGUGGAGGACCAGGACCAGCCAGGAACUCAGAUCCAGAUACACAUUUACAACCUGAGACUGAUGACAAGACUGAAGUCUCUUCUGAAUUUAAGGUUGAAAUCAGUGAUGAUGAUUGGCUGGAGACCAAUGAACCUCAGUCAGGUUUAAACUCUAUGAAAGUCCCUGAAGUUUAUACAGGAAGUAACACUUGCAAGAAAUCCUUCAGCUGCUCUGAAUGUGGGAAAAUAUUUGGGCGCAAGGAACAUCUGCAGACUCACGUGAGAAUUCACACAGGAGAGAGACCGUUUAGCUGCUCUGAUUGCGGUAAAACAUUCGGCUGCAAGAGGUCACUGCUGGGCCACAUGACAAGUCACACAGGAGAGAAACCAUUCAGCUGCUCUCAGUGUGGGAAAAGAUUUGGCCGAAUGGUAAAUCUGAAGACGCACGAGAGACUUCACACAGGAGAGCGACCGUUUAGCUGCCCGUUUUGUAGUAAAGGUUUUACACAAAAGGUUCACAUGACUCAACACAUGGCCGUCCACACAGGAGAGAAACAGUUCAGCUGCAGCAUUUGUGACAAAAAAUUCACUUGGCUUUCGGGGUUCAGACGACACAAGUGUGGCAGCGAGCAGUCGGAGCUCGAUGAAAGCCAAACUGAAGAGAACUCAGAGACAGAACCGGGUGAGAAACCGUUUCGCUGCCGUCAGUGUGGUAACAGAUUUAAUCACAAGCACAAUCUGAAGGCUCAUAUAAGAAUUCACACAGGAGAGAAACCAUUCAGUUGCUCUGUUUGUGGUAAAGGCUUUACUGCGAGCGGAGCUCUGAAGAAACACCUGAGAACUCAUUCUGGAGAGAAACCGUUCAGCUGCUCUGUUUGUGGCAUAAGAUUUACACAAGGAGGGAAUCUGAAACGACACAUGGCUCAGCACACGGGAGAAACACGAGAGAAACCGUUUCGCUGCUCAGUUUGUGGUAAAAGCUUUACACAAGUUUCAAAUAUGAAGCGACACAUGACACAACACAGCGCAACUGAAACAAGUCAGUCGCAGGAAGCAGGAAGUGAAGCUGUGAUCAGUUCAGAUCUGACAGGAUCAGCAGGAAGAAACCAAGAGUCUGCUAGUGACUGACAGGCUCAGACUUCGUAAAGUCACUGACUACAAACCAUCUGACAACUGAUAGUAGAUUUAUUUUUAAUUAUUAAUUAUAUAUAUAUAUAAAUAUAAAAUGUAUGUAUUAUAUACAGAAUGUAUUAACUUCCACUACUGGAACUUAACAACCUGCAGCUUCGUUUAGCAGAACAAACUUCGUCAUGUCUGUUUGGUCGGAGGCUGCAGUUGAAGUGGCACUGAAAUUGAUUUUAUUUCAUGUAGAGCUGCAACUCAGCAUUUUUUUCGUUAUUGAUCAUUCUACUGAUUAUUUUCUCGAUUAAUCGUUUGGUCAGAAGUUCCGAGUCCAAAGUGACAUUUUCAGUAAACUGAGAUAGAAAACAAAGAAAAGCAGAAAAUAUAACAAAUUGUGAAGUUGGAUUCAUUAUUUUUGUUAUUUUUGCUUAAAAAAAUACUUGAACAACAAAUUGAUUAUUAAAAUAUUUGCUGAUUAUUUUUCUGUCGAUUGAAUAAUCGACUAAUAGUUUAACGUUUCCAUUUGAUGAUUUUUAACCAUCAAUAUGUUUAAACAAUGGUUUUCUCCAGCUGCAGACUCCAGACCAGCUGACCAGCUCUCCACAGCCAGCUGAGUCCUUUAGGACAGAUCUGCUGUCAGUUCUGCUCCUGCUGCUUCAUUUUCUCCCGACAACAGACGACUAAGAGAAAAUAAAUUCUAGUGAUGCAGCGUCUCUGGAGACGUUACAUGAAUUCAAAGAUACCAACGCUGCAUGAACGUUACUGUGACCUGCAGUUAAACUAAUAACUUACUUCCAGCAGCAGAGACAGGAGAGAGACAGGAGAGAGACAGACAGGCAGGGAGACAGACAGGAGAGAGAGAGAGGUG